AUGGCUGGCCAUGAGGUGCAAGCAGUGGAUGCGUUUGGGGAGCUUCUGAAUGAACUGUUGGUGAGAGCUGAGCAGGUCAAGCAGACGAAUACGGUGGAACCGCCUUUAAUCAAGCCAGACUUUCAAGAUAUUCUCGAGCGGGUGGAGUCAACAUUCUUCUCGUCUGCGAAGACCCUAGAGUCGAGGAAGCAGAGCCAUGCAGUCAUCGAUAUUGCUAUUCGAGACAAGUUCAACAACUUACUGGCCUGCACGACGAUUGAUACGCCGUAUUUUGUUCAAAUGUGGAAUCUACUAGAUAUCACAUCCUUUCUCUCCGAUGACGAACAAUGCGAUUCUGCCCUCUUGUUCUGGUUAGUCGAGGAGCUCUUGGACAGUCAGACGAUCUCCGGUUGUCGAAGGAUUUUUGACUAUUUAGAGUCAAGAAGGCAGAGGAUUACCGCGAAGCAUUUCAGCCAGAAGAAUCUGGUCAUUCUACGGAGCUGUAAUGAAUUGCUUCGGCGACUUUCACGAGCCGAGGACACCGCAUUCUGCGGGCGAGUCUUCAUAUUUAUGUUUCAGAGCUUCCCAUUAGGUGACAGAAGCUCUGUCAAUCUUCGAGGCGAAUACCAUACUGAGAAUGUCACCACAUUUGAUGAAUUACCCUCCAAGGAGUCGGAUUCUGAAAGAAUGGAUGUGGAUUCAGAUCCUAACUUAAAGUCAAAGUCCACUCCAAACGGUACUGCGGGCAAACCUGAGGAUUCGAGUGUUAAGGGGGUCACUUUCUCUAAAACUGAAGCACCUUUGAGCGUUGAUGAAUUAUAUCCAAUAUUCUGGUCCUUGCAGGGAAGCUUCAACCAACCGAAAAAGUUGUUCGAUCCAACAAACUUCUCCGGAUUUAAGGCUGGACUUGAAGCCACGAUGGCUAUGUUCAAAACUGUUCAAACGGAGAUGGUUGGUCGCCCUGUGAAGGUUACAGAAGACGGCAAAAGGGGCACAAAACGGAAGAGAAGCCAAGGGGACGACGACCUAGCAAAUGCAUUCAAUCCGAAGUAUCUUACUAGUAGGGACCUAUUCGAACUUGAGAUCAGUGAUCUUUCAUUCCGGAGGAACAUUUUAGUUCAAGUCCUGAUUGUCUUGGAUUUCCUCCUCUCUCUAAGCGCCAAAGCGAAAGAGAAGCUUUCCAAAGCUAAAUUGCCGGAUAACCCCAACAAGUCUGUUAUGUAUGCGGACCAAUUCCUCAGUGAAGAUGAUACAACGUGGGCGCUUGACAUGAAACGCUCAAUCGCAGAAUACUUAAAGCAAGGGGUCGAAGGGGCGUUCUUCUACCGGGUAGUCGAGACUGUUCUUUCAAGAGACAAGAACUGGGUUCGCUGGAAAAUAGAGAAUUGUCCAUCCAUUACAAGACCUGCUGUCUCCCCGGAAGAAUACGUCGCCGCAAAAGCUUCAGCACGCAAAGCCACUACUAACAAGCGACUUCGUCCGACACCUUUAGGAUCGUUAGACCUCAAAUUCCUCUCCGAAAGUGACGAUCGAGAUGUAUUAGAGAAAUUGAAGGACCCUGCGCGAUAUCGGAUCCCCUCAAUCAAAAGCUUCAAGAGUAAAAUCGAAUUAGAUGACAUGGACAUCGAUAUGGCUAGAGAUGAGGAAUCGAAGAACGCCGCCAUCGAGUCUAAGGCAAGCAAGAGCUGGAGAGUUUUGCGAAUCGCCAGCACAAGCAAGUUGGUUGCUUUUGAUAAGAUCGAGCGCUCUGAUAAGAUUGACGAAAUCUUCCAAGAUGAUGUUGUCAAGCCUGAAGUAACCACUAAUGGUGAGGAUGAAUCCCAGGAUGCCGAUGGACGUGUAUUUCCUGAAGAUCGCCGCCCAGUUGUUAUCUCAGGUCCAAGCGGAGUUGGCAAGGGAACUCUGAUUAAGAUGCUUAUGGACAGACAUACCAAGGUCUUCGGCAGAAAGGUUUCUCAUACAACCCGCGCGCCUCGGGAAGGAGAGGUUCAUGGCGAGCACUAUUUCUUCGUCUCUAAGGAACAAUUUGAUGUUCUUCGUGACGGGGAUGGUUUUUUGGAAUACAAUACUUAUAAUGGUAGCAAUUACGGGACAAGCCGAAAGGUCGUAGAGGAUAUCAUAGCCCAGGGCAAGGUACCCAUCAUGGAGAUGGACAUGCACGGAAUUGAACAACUUAAAGACCUGGGAUACGCAGCGCGCUUUAUUUUCCUUGCUCCCCCAAAUCUCUCAGAGCUUGAACAGCGAUUACGGCAAAGAGGAUCUGACCCGGACGAAAACAUCCAAGCAAGACUCGACACCGCUAAGAAGGAGGUUGAGCAUGCGAAGUUGGAAGGAUUCUAUGACAAAACGUUCGUCAAUGACGAUCUCGAGACUACCUAUAAGAAUCUUGAGAAGUACAUAUUCGGUGAUGAUGAUAAGGAUGAACCUCCGAGAUCAACACCAACGGAGGAACCGAAGGAGUCUUUAGAGGUGACAAAUACGGAGGUCGAAAUGGCCGAUGGCGAUGCACCAGCAGCAGAGGUAGCAGAGGCAGCACCGAAUGAGGUUGUUUCGGCUCGUUCCGAGUUAUUAGAAGCUACUAUGAAGACGGAAGAAGAAACGGCAGCACCAGCAGAGGAUCAUCUGCCCGCUGCAGAGACCAAAGCAGUGGAAAGUGAUUCGACGAAAUGA